AUGGCAUCAAAGUUCCUCCGAGAAUAUAAGCUCGUCGUAGUCGGCGGUGGUGGUGUAGGAAAGUCGUGCUUAACCAUCCAGUUGAUUCAGAGCCACUUCGUAGAUGAAUAUGACCCGACGAUCGAGGAUUCCUACCGCAAGCAGUGUGUCAUCGACGACGAGGUUGCCCUCCUCGAUGUUCUCGAUACAGCCGGCCAGGAGGAGUACUCGGCCAUGCGAGAGCAGUACAUGCGUACCGGCGAAGGCUUCCUUCUCGUCUAUUCCAUAACCGACCGCCAGAGCUUCGAGGAAAUCAUGACCUUCCAACAGCAAAUCCUCCGAGUCAAGGACAAGGACUACUUCCCCAUGAUCGUCGUCGGCAACAAGUGUGAUCUUGACGGAGAGAGGCAGGUGUCGACGCAAGAGGGACAAAAUCUGGCACGACAGUUCGGCUGCAAGUUCAUCGAGACAUCGGCCAAGUCACGCAUCAACGUAGAUAACGCAUUUUACGACAUCGUACGAGAGAUCCGCAGAUACAACAAGGAGAUGUCAUCAUACACAGGCGCACCCAGCGGCGGCGCACCAAACGGCAUCUCCAACAAGAUGGGCGUGGAGGAGGAUUCGGAGAAGAAGGGAUGCUGCGGAUGCGUGGUGAUGUAG